AUGAUAUACACAAGCAAACCGCUUGCUUUAUCUUCCAUAGUGAGCGGCGCAUACUCACUUGUUGCCCGUCAGAGUGGAUGUAGCUUCACCAUUUCGACUGGUGGCUCAUUCAGUGGUCAAGUUGGUCAAUACAGCAGCGGCCAAACUAAUGCUGGAAUUUCUGGAACUAGCGUUACACCAUCUGGCUUCGUCUUGGAUGGAGAUACAAUAUCAGAUUCUCAAGGCAGAGGUUGUUGGUGGACACCGCCGAGUACAGUGCUCCAGUGCGACGUCGGCCAAACUCCCGAAGGCGGAUUUUCUAUCGGCUGCAAUGGGGAGGUGACUUAUAAUGGUCAAUCUACUUUUUGGCAGUGCGCAACGGGCGAAGAUGGUGUCGUCAUGAUAUAUCUUUCCCCUGGAGGAAGUAAUUGUGAUCAGAUCACCUUAACGGCAAGCGGAUGUUAUCCUUCAUCAUGUGGUUCAGGGUCUAGCGGUUCCGGGACAGCUCCAGGUCAAACAGGCAGCGCUACUACGGGCGUAAGUGGCACUGCUCCUCAAGGCGGAAGUUCAACCUCCCCAGGCGGCGAAAGUUGGACGGCGCCGGGCGGGGGCUCAACAUACCCUGGCUGGAGUGAAACGGCCUCGAUGAGUAUGAUUUCGACGUAUCCCGGUAUAAGCGAAACUGCUCCAGUAGGAGGGUCAACUUAUCCUGGAACGACACCUUGGGGGACAGAAACUUCAGGAAUAUCUGGAUCGCUUCCCACUGGAGGAACGGGUACAGAAUCUGCUACAGCCCCAGCGGGAGGUUCAAGUACCACUCCUGGUGGCAAUGGUGGACCAGGUACCUCACCUCCUGAAGUGACUGAAACAACAUCACCUGGAGAGGGAACUGCGCCGCCUGUGUCUACCGGACCUGUAGUUACUUCAUGUGUGCCGGAAACCAUGACCGUUUACGUCACGGUCACAGAUUCCGCGUGCACUGGGCAAACAUCCCCUCCUAGCGAGACUUCUCCGCCCGAGACGACCACUAUAGAGACGGCCACUAGUCCUGCUAUGCCGCCACCGAUGACUAUUCCUACCGAGACAGUUCCUACUAUUGUAACAUCGGAGCAGUCACCCACAACUAGUCCAGGAACGCCGGCUACUACUCCGGAAGUUCCUACAUCGGCAACGUACCCUGCAACAAGUGUCCCCCCGCCGGAAACUACCCCGCAAACUACAGCGGAGACUAGUCCAGAGACCAGCCCGGAGACGACUCCCCCCGUAACAACCCCAGAAACUAGUCCCCCAGCAACCACUUACCCUGUGACAACCCCACAGACUACGGCAGAGACUAGUCCGGAGACCAGUUCGGAGACUAUCCCCCCGGUGACUUCUUAUCCAGUGACAACUCCGCAGACAACUGCAGAAACUACCCCAGAAACCAGUCCCCCAGAGUCCACUUAUCCAGUCACGACUCCGGAGACUACCCCACAGACUAGUGCAGAAACUAGUCCAGAGACUACUCCCUCAGCGACUACUUAUCCAGUGACAACUCCACAGACAACUGCAGAAACUAGUCCGGAAACUAGUCCUCCGGGGACGCCUACCACACCGGAAACACCCACCGUACCUCCAGUAACUCCUACAACUACUCCAGAGGUACCUACUUCGACGGAGUAUCCCACGACGUCUCCUCCGGCGCCUCCACCAACAAGUCUCCCUGUUACAACGAGCCCGACGGAGGGAACCAGUGAAACAUAUCCGGGAUCUGGAUCGAUUUCUACCAUAUUUAGUUCUGAGACUGUUACGGUACCUGGAUGCGAAACUGGAUCUACAGUCUGCCCAAGCGAGUCUAUGAGUACCAGUGUUCCGGGAACCUCGCCACCUAUCGUCACCAGCAGUACGGGGCCUCCGAAUAGCGAAACUUACCCGGUAACUACACCGUCGAUUGAGACUACCACUCCCACUACUCCGGCUACUCCAACCAUACCUACUAGUGAGACUUACCCGGUCACUUCGCCUACAACUCCGGCGACGCCAACGGUCCCUACUACUCCGGGAGAAACUAGCCCUUCGACGUAUCCGGGAACGUCUACUACGGUGGUUGAAACAACGAGUACUACGAGUCCGUGUACCACGAGCUCUGAAACUGUUCCGACGGUCCCUACUGUCCCUACCGUUCCCACGAUUCCCACAGUACCGACAGUUCCUACGGUGCCGACUGUCCCAACAGUACCAACGGUGCCCACAGUUCCUACAGUUCCAACCAGCCCAGUCUCAACAUAUCCUGGUACGUCUACGACAAUCGUCGAGACUGAGAGUACCACAACCCCGUGUACUACCAGUUCAACUAUUCCAGGAGAAACUCCAAGUACCAGUGUUCCCACGAUUCCAACUGUACCCACUGUGCCAACGGUCCCUACAGUCCCUACAGUUCCGACGGUUCCAACGGUUCCAACGGUUCCUACUACCCCGGGCUCGACGUACCCCGGCACGACUACAACAGUCGUGGAGACUACAAGUACCACGAGUUCGUGCACCACUUCAAGUGAGACGGAAGUACCUUCGACUUCAACAACUCCCACGACAGAGACAGGAUACCCUAGCACCACAACACCUGAAGUACCAGGAACCACGACGUCUCCAACCCCUGAAUAUCCCACAUCGACGCCUGGAGUGCCAACGACGACCUCACCCGAGGUGCCCGGAACGACGUCUCCAACUACCCCGGCGACAACACCAGAGUAUCCAACUUCAACACCCGGAGUUCCUACUACAACAUCGCCAGAAGUACCCGGUACGACAACGCCUACUACUCCGGGGACGACCCCUGAAUAUCCCACUUCGCCGCCGGCAGUGCCAACCACAACGACGCCCGAGGCCCCUACCACAACCCCUGAAGUCCCGACGACAACACCGGAGACUCCAGGUCAAUCGACACCUCCGGCUGAGACUACACCUGAGACAAGUCCACCCGGGUACCCAACGGCACCUCCAACGACCGAAGCGACAAGCACUCCGGGAUAUCCUACAACCCCACCAGCUGAAACAAGCAGCGGCGAGAUCCCUCCUCCGGCGCCAACCCCACCCGCACCAACUUCCACCAUAACGGCCGGCGGCAACAACGCCUGGCCCGACCAAGGAAGUUCAAGUUCCGGGUCCCAACAAUCCAGCCCCGACAACCAUGACAAACCCAAGGACCAAGGUCAGGGACCCGCGUGGGCACCAUCCAAGGUCCCACGCCGCUCUGUCGAAUCCAGGAUGUUGUGUCCCGGCUCUCUUUCGGGACAAUGGGAAGCCCCGCGCCUAAUCAUCCCCAUCGACAGCGCGAACCCGGAUACCGCUUAUGGUCCGUCGUCUUUUGGUGAAGUAUCACCUACAAUCUCGACAAUCUUCCAAUUCGGCGCACCUCCGGGUGAUAACAGUGGUGCUGAGAAGAAGAUGUGUACACUCGUGUUCUUCUCCCCGGAUAAACGCUCUAUUGACCCUGAGGCCGCGUUCAACAUCACCGGUCCAGGGGAAAUUGAGUUUGCGCGCUUGGAUGGAAGGGUGGAUACUGAGACUACGCAGAAUAGUGUUUCGGAGAUGGUGAAUAGUGUGCGAAGACUUAGUAUUACGCACGAUAAUGCGUAUACCGUUGAGUCGUUCGCGUGUCCUACCGGGGACGAGGAGGUUACUGUUGAGUUGAGCAGUGUACCUAGAAGCCUAACGGAGAUGCGGUUUAUGCAAGAUGCGGAUGAGUGUCCGCUUGGCUUGUACAUGCUCACUUCUACGGCGAAGGAUGCUGAGUUGAAGUAG